AUGUCAUUGUUAAUGUUAAAAAGUGCAGUAAGGAGUCAAAGUAUUUUUCCAGGUACAUAUACUUUGGCGGCAGGUAGUAAUGCUUGCAGAACCUACGCUAAGAAAAUUGAUAAUCCGUCAAAUAAAAAUAUUGUGUUCAUUGAUGGAGUCAGAACACCUUUCUUGCUAUCCGGGACUCAUUAUAGCAAGUUGAUGGCUCUUGAUUUAGCGAGGCAUUCUUUAGUGGAACUACAACGUAAAACCAACAUCCCAAAAGAAAUGAUCGACUACAUAGUCUACGGAACAGUAAUGCAAGAAGUAAAAACCUCCAACAUAGCCCGAGAAGCAGCCUUGGCAGCAGGUUUCAGCGACAAGACACCAGCGCACACUGUCACCAUGGCCUGUAUUAGCAGCAACGUAGCACUGACCACAGGAAUGGGUUUGAUUGCAUCUGGAGCUUUUGAUUCAGUGAUUGCCGGCGGAGUUGAGUUCAUGUCCGAUAUUCCUAUCAGACAUAGCCGUCCGCUGAGGAACAUAAUGGUCAAAGCUUCCAAGGCCAAGAGUUUACCUCAGACACUUGGUCUGCUUGCUCAGAUUCGACCCAAUCAUUUUGUUCCUGAUCUACCAGCAGUAGCUGAAUUUUCAACUGGAGAGACCAUGGGCCACAGUGGAGAUCGUUUAGCGGCAGCAUUUGGAGUUUCGCGAGCAGAACAAGACGAGUACGCGCUGAGGUCUCACACUCUCGCCCAGCAAGCUCAGCAGCAAGGAAAUCUAUCAGACCUGGUUCCGAUGAAAGUUCCCAACGUUGACAAGGUUGUUGAUAAGGACAACGGAAUCCGUGUAUCACCUAUAGAGAGUCUCGCGAAGUUGAAGCCAGCUUUCGUUAAACCCUACGGGACUGUCACUGCUGCCAAUGCUUCCUUUUUGACAGACGGAGCUUCUGCGGGUCUGAUCAUGAGUGAAGAAAAAGCAAGACAGCUCGGGCUCAAGCCGAAGGCUUAUCUCAGACAUUUUACUUAUGUUUCCCAGGACCCGGUUGAUCAACUACUUCUUGGUCCUACUUAUGCUAUUCCCAAAGUGCUGGAAAAAGCUGGAUUAGCGCUAAAUGAUAUUGGAGUCUGGGAAGUCCAUGAAGCUUUUGCCGGUCAAAUUCUUGCUAAUUUGAAAGCAAUGGACUCUGAUUGGUUUGCUAAAGAAUAUAUGAACCGAAAUGGUAAAGUUGGAGUUCCUGAUCUGAAAAAAUGGAACGCUUGGGGUGGGUCAUUGUCUAUUGGUCAUCCCUUUGCUGCUACGGGUGUUAGAUUGGCGACACAUACUGCUAAUCGGAUGAUUAAAGAGAACCAACAGUUUGGACUUAUUGCUGCUUGUGCAGCUGGUGGUCAGGUAAUUUAUUUAUUUAUUUUAUAAAUUAUUAUUAAAAAAGUAACUAAUAAAUGUUACUAAAAAAAUUUUAAUUUUAAAAAUAAUUAAUUAAAAUAA